UGAGGGGUCUCCCACAGCACCAUCAUAUGUACUACAUAUAUAUGUACGUAACACCACUGUAACCAGUUGGAAUGAACGAUACCUCACCCUCGUUCUCACCUCCUAUGGAGAUGGAUGACCACCUUGUCAAAGUCAUCUUUGUGGGCAGUGAGGGGGUCGGAAAGACGUGCUUAGUACGCAGGUUAUUCAGCGACAAGUUUGACUCCGAAACCCAGCCGACUAUCGCCUGCGACUUCUACUUCAAGCGCUACAAGUUCGACAACAAGAGCGUGGGCGUGACGUUGUGGGACACAGCAGGGGCGGAGAAGUUCCAAGCCAUAACCUCAAACUACUACCGUGGGGCGCAAGGUGUCGUGUUUGUGUACGACGUAACCCGGCGUGACACGCUGGACGCCAUCAGCUCCCACUGGCUUCCCGAGGUGGAGCGGCACGGCACGCAUGCGGACGCGGUGAAGGUGGUGCUGGGAAACAAGAUAGACAGGGUGCGUGGGAGUGAGCCCCCGCGGGGGAGUGAUGCAGCGCUCCUGACACCUGACAUCUGCAGCUACGCCCUCCAGGCGCGGAAACUCCAGGACCGUGCGGUGUCCCCCGAGGAGGGUGUCGCAUUCGCCCGCGCGCACGGCUGCGCCUACCACGAGACCUCCGCCGCCACGGACGAGGGCGUGUACGACGCACUGGUGUGGGGGCUGCUGGUGAGCAUCGUGGACACGCCCUCGCUGCUGCGGAGUUACCAGCCGCAGGAGAGCCUGGCGAUUGAUCGGGUGCAGGGAGGAGGAGGAGGAGGAGGGGGAGCAGGCGGGGGCUGCUGCGGGUGAGGAAGGAGGAGGGGAGGGAGAGGAGGAGGAGAUGGUGGUGGGUUAGUAAGGACGGUGAGAUGGAGAUGGUGGGUGGGGGGAAGGUGCGAGAGAAAGGAGCCUAGGGCGAGAGGGGGGUGGAUGGUUCAGUGGUGGUGCUGAGGCGGUAGGAGGCGGGAGGAGCGGGUGGAGGAAGGCCCCGCCCUAGUCAAGUGACGAUGGCUGUAGCAGGGAGUGCCUGGGAAGGGAAGCCUGGUAUGUGUUUUUCCUCUAGGCACGCUUAGCCAUAAGGUUGUUGUGUACCGGUAGGUAAGGUAAUCUGCGAUGAGCAGCUAUACGGCCCUUAUGCCAACCAUGCAUAACAAGUUCGCGGCCUUUUACAUUUGGGUGCGUGACGUAUGUAACCGCUGAAGCCGCUUCCCUGGCGGCAUGUGUCAACUUCUAACCGUGCCGGCAGCGAUGCUGCUGCGUUGCUGCUGUUGCUGCUUAUCCCUUGCGUUUGGGCGGUGUGCCGGCUGGAGACGACGUCGGCGUGCGUGCGAGAGCUGCCGUGACACAUUUGUACAACAGUAUUAACGCUUCCUGGCGGUCACAUUAUUCUCACAUACCACGCGUUUGGUUUUUGGCCUACAUACGCUUUUCAGGGGUGUUGCUGUGGAUGCUUUUGCUGCUCGGUAUGGUGCUGGGACCUGGAUGGCUAGAUGCUGGCCAUCCAGGUCUCAGCAUCAGGCUUACUGGAAGUUGCUGUCAUGCCCCCUUUUGAGGGCGGACGGACGUGGGCGGGCGGGGAGGACAGCAGUUCCACAGCAGCUAGCGCCCAAUUUAUCAAGCCCGCGAAGCAGGCAGGGUGGGGGAAAUGCACGUUUUGAGUUGCGCUGUGGGUUGCACUCCUCCUUUUUAUGAGGGUGUUUGCCGUACAGAAGUUUUGCCAUUCAGUAGUUUGUCGUACAAUACUGUAAGUUCUAGUAGCUUUGUAUUAUAAUGCUGAAGCGUUUGAAAAGUCAUGUGUUUGUAAUGUCCGUAAGAAGUAGUUAAAAGAUAAGGAUUACGUUAGCAUGGUUUGACGUGAAAGUUUGGGAGGCAAGAAUGUACGGUGCUGUUAAGUGGUAGCCCUUCGCUGGUUUCCUCAGGAGGUGUUUCUUUUCCUUCACCACCACUUUUUCUACAACGGGUCAGCACGGGUGCGUAACCCCUUGCCCAAUAGGUGACUAUGCAUAUCCCGCUUUCAUAUAUAUGUCGUACUGUGCACAGUCUGGCGCUUACAGUUACUGACGUACUUUUACUCCAAUCUGUUGCCACAACAUGUGUGGUUCACUGUGCUAUGCAUGUUGGUAACCCAACUGACGAACCGAGUGCUCACGGACAAAAACGCCGGAUGCAGCAAUUCAUUGUAACAUACAAACGGUACG